CAAAAAGGAAGGUCAAUGCGUUGGCCCAAGGGCCAACAUCCUGAUCUCUUGACAGAACUCGCAUUCAGAUCCCAUGGAAGCACUCAAGAACUGAUUGAAUCAGCACAUGGCAGGGAUCUCCACGCUAAUAAUAAGGAUUGUAGUUAUGCGUUGAUACCCACAACACAGGUCGCCACUGCACUGGACCUUCAAAUCAGGCUUGACACCGUCUCGUGUACUCCUCCGGGCAAUUACUGACUUGCCAUCCUCUAUUCUGAGAAAACCUCCGUCGAGCGGUCACGGGUGCAGACAUGUGGUUUCGCCCCCACUCCCAGACUGAACAACCGGACGGCCCGAGUGGGUCCUUUUAUGCAGACGGGCGUGGUGAGUGAAAGAGCAACUUCCCACAGAAACUUCCGCAUGCGUUUCCACUGCUCUUCUCUGGUCGCGCUCCUGUUUGUGCUCCCGUCGGCCCUCGCGCAGUCGUGCACGCUCACGGCGCUGGGGACCGGCAAAGACGAUGCGCCCCAGCUGCUCAGCGCGAUGAAGUCCUGCAGCCUCGUCACUAUCCCAAGCUCGACGACGCUCAACAUCUCGUCGCCCAUGAACAUGACGGGUCUGUCCAAUAAGCAUCUUAGUGUCCAGGGAACCAUCAAAUUCAACCCGAAUCUCGCGUUCUGGACAGCGCAUGGGUUUCCGUUCGCCUUCCAAACUCAGAUUACCUUCUGGUUACUCGGUGGGACCAACAUCCAAGUUGAUGGUGGAGGUGUUAUCGAUGGGUCUGGCCAGGCCUGGUACGAUGGAUUUGCCCAGUCCUCCUCCCUGGCGCGACCGAUCAUCUUGACCAUCUUCCAAGCGACCAACGUCGUCGUGCAAAACAUCCGGAUGAUAAAUAGCCCGGAAUGGUUCAAUUUCGUCAACGAGGGGAAGAACGUGACCUUCAACAACGUCAACCUCACCGCCGUCUCGACCUCGAAGAAUGGUGCGGUAAAUACCGACGGAUGGGAUAUCUAUCGGAGUGACACCGUGACGAUAAAAAACUCGUUCAUCAACAAUGGAGAUGAUUGUGUUUCGUUUAAGCCUAACGCGACAAACAUGAUCGUCUCUCAUCUCAACUGCAAUGGAUCUCACGGUAUCUCUGUCGGCUCCCUCGGACAAUUUGCUGGCAUGUUCGACAUCGUGGAGAAUGUUAUUGCCGAUUCUGUCACCAUGAGCAAUGCACAAAAUGGAGCACGAAUCAAAGCCUGGGCUGGUGCAGGUGUCGGAAGCGGUAUCGUCAAGAACAUCACCUUCAGCAACUUCAUCGAGAGCAACGUCGGUAAUCCGAUCGUCAUCGACCAAUGCUACAUGACCAGUGCUUCUGCUUGCGCACAGAACCCCUCAAACGUGUUCAUCCAGGACGUCUUCUUCAACUCAAUCAGCGGAACCGGCAGUUCCGCGACCGUGGCGACUCUCUCGUGUUCCCCCGGAGCCCGAUGCAGCGACAUCAACGUCAACAACAUCACCCUAACCGGAAAAAAGACAACGCAGUACUCUUGUCAGAACGUCCAACUCGCCGGGAGCUCGGCCUCCUUGUUUGGAACUUGCCCUCUAACUUGAGGAGAGACUAAAUAUGUUCGCGUUCAUUAGUUUCCGCUUCAGUCCUUCGUUCGUGGGUCCAAUCUAUCAUCUGUCCUGUCUCGCGCCAUCGGAUGGAAAAACGGGGCCGCGCUGCGCUGCUCCACGAGAGACGAC